AAAAACUAUUCUCAGGGCCAAAAAUUUUAAAAAAGCUUGCAACUUUACGUCACACUCUCAUGUCUCUCAUGUAAGAGAGAGGAAACACACAAACAACAUGGAAAGUGUUGUAGAGCUUUGGUGUAGCUGUAGCAGUAGCAGCGCAAAGAGCUAAAACCUCAAGACCUAAACUUGAGAAAUUAACUAACGAACUAACAAACGAAAAAGCCCUGGCCUGGCGCAGUGAAAGAGUAAAAGUCGUCUCGUCGUCGUCGUGGUCAUGGUUUGUGGACGCAGCAGCAGCUCUUGGUUGCUAUUGAAAAUUUAAGUGAGUCAGUCGGUCGGUACGGUAAAUAGAAAGAGGCGUAACAAACUAACGGACAAGCUGACAAGCAAAGAGACAGACGGACGGUCGGACAGUUGUUGCGGUACGUGUUGUGUUGUGUUUGCUAUGUUUGCUAUCAUUUUGCUGUUUUUGCUAAAUGUUGAUGCUCAAGCUUAAGCUGAUGCUGAUAGAUCUGCUGCUUUAAGGGAGCAGUGUAAAAAUCUGCGGCGUGUAACCUGCACUAUAUUGUGUGUUGUGUUUGUUGAUUGAUUUGAAUCGAUUUUGAUUCGUUUUGAUAGUUCUUGGACACAAAAAAAUCAUUGACAAACCAAAUUUAACAAACCUUAAACUUUUACAAAAAAAAAAACUACAUUUACUCAUUUUUGAUUUCUGAUAGGUACCUACUGUCAAAGUAAACACUAUAUUGAAAUAUUGUCAGCAACGCAAACGACACACGACGGUUGAACUUUUUUUCUGCUGAUUUUUUUGCUUGAACGCUUUUCCUUGGGAAACGACGAAACAACAAAAGACUCAAUUAAAAAAAAAAUAAAAUAAUAAUACAAACUUUAAACAAAAAUUAAAAAAAAAAAAAAAACUAAACUAAACCAGAAAGUUUGAGUGUAUCGUAUUAUUUUUGUUUGUGAUUACUCUGCGAUUGUUUUGUUAUAACACAGAAAAAAUAAAAACAAAAAUUAUUUAAAACUAAAAAAAAACUAUUUACAACCCCACCGAAUUGAGAAUCCCCAAGAUAUAGAUAAAUAAAAUUGGGUUGACCCAGGAACACAAAAAAAAUAGUGAUAAAGGGUAUAGAUAGGACUUUCAUAUACUUGUUGUACAUAUAUAUACCUACUAACUAAUAAUUAAAGAGGAAGAAAAAGUUAAAUACUUUCGUUACUUGAUAUUUUUUCAAACCCACAACAAUCGUUUGAUCAUUCUGUUGACACCAUGUCGGAUGUUGGAAGUAUCGACGAAGGAGUUUCUGGUGGGCCAAAAUAUGUUGUCGGAAUGGAAGGCGGCGGUGGAGCAGAAUUUGAUUCGGGUAAAGGACAACAAAGCCAACAAAUUGAACAAGAACUAGCAACAAAAAUGUUGCAAAUUCAAUCAAAACGUUUCUAUCUCGAUGUCAAACAAAAUAGGAGAGGGCGGUUUAUAAAAGUCGCAGAGAUAGGUGCAGAUGGUCGAAGAAGUCAAGUGUAUUUAGCAUUAUCAACAGCAGCUGAGUUCCGAGAUCACUUGUCAACUUUCAGUGAUUAUUAUGCAUCAUUAGUCACUCAAACAGGACCACCCAAUCCAGAAAAUGUACCCGAAGAUGGAAAACUUAAAUCUGAGAUGAUGAUUAAGGACAAUCGACGAUAUUAUUUAGAUUUGAAAGAGAACGCAAGGGGACGUUUUUUAAGAGUAUCUCAAACUAUAACAAGAGGUGGUCCUAGAUCUCAAAUUGCAAUUCCAGCCCAGGGAAUGAUCGAAUUUAGAGAUGCUCUUACCGAUCUGCUAGAAGAGUUUGGAACUAGUGAUGGAGGUUUUAAAGGAGAACUACCUGAGGAACGUCAUAUGAAAGUUGACAAUAAAAACUUUUACUUUGAUAUUGGACAAAAUAAUCGGGGUAUUUACAUGCGAAUAAGUGAGGUGAAAAGUAAUUUUCGGACAGCAAUAACAGUUCCAGAAAAAUGCUGGAUUCGCUUUCGUGAUAUUCUUACUGAUUAUUGUGAGAAAAUGAAAAAAUCGUCCGAUACGUCAAUCACUGCCGAAAAUAAUAUUCAAACAACUCCUUCUAACAGUUUAAAAUGAAAGCUUAAGUAUUAAAAUUAAUUAAAAAAUAUUUGCUUGCAAUAUAACAAAACAGAAACAAAAAAAAAUAUAUUCAAUUACACAGACAAACAAAAAAACAAACAAAAUUAAAAAAAAAAUACACCUAAACAGACAGAACAUAAAAAAUAUAAAAUACAUAUAUAUGACGAACAAACAAAAAAAGUUCAAUAAUAACUUUAAUUUUAAUUAAAUUAAUAGUAUUGUAAGCUAAGACAAAAAUAAUUAUAAUAAUAGUUUGAAGAAAAAAAAAAUAACAAACAAUACAAAAAAUAGCAUAAAUCUUAUUAAAACAAAACGUAUGCUGAAGGAGAAAGAAAUUGAUUAAUUAAUUAUAUUUGUAUAUAGAAAACACUUAUAGAAAAAUUUAAAAAAUAUAAAAAUGAUAAUUCUCAACUAAAAAUAGUAAAAAAAAAAAAAUAGCUUGUAACGAGUAUGUUAUCUAGAUUAUCAAGUACAUAUUGCUGUUACUGUUGGUCUAUGCAAGCUUUUUGCCUUGUUUCUUAAUCUUAGAACAAACAAAAAAACAAACAAAAUAGGAAAUAAUUAUUUGUUAUAAAUCUUCAUAGUCUAAGGGAAUGUUAUAAAACAAUGUUUGCUAUCAUAGAAAAAAGCAUAUAUAUUUGAACCUCUAAUUGCCUCAAGCCUUUUCGAAAAGUGACAAGUCCCAUUUCCAAAAAUUACAAAAAAAAAAACAAAAACAAAAACCAAGGCAAAUUAUAUCCCUGUAUAAAAUCAAAAAAAAAAAAAAAACUAUUUCUUGCCAUUUCCCACUUUCAAAUUAAAUGAAAAAUAAGAAAAGCAAGGGAGAUACAAUAAAAAGUACAUACGAUUUGUUCAAAAUAAAACUAAUAUCAAAUUCAGAUCCAAGAUAGUUAUACAUAUACAUGUGUAUAUCUAUAUAUAUAUAUAUAUAUAUAUAUAAUUGUUAUAUUUACUAGACAAAAUUUACAGAAAAAGAAAAAUCUAUAUAUAUGAAAAAUAAAAAAUGUGUAUAUAUAUAUUUAUAUAUAUGUAUAUAUAUGGAUUUAUAUAUUUUAUUACAUAUACCUACUUUAAAGAAAAUGUUAAAAAUAAAGUAAAACAUAUUUUUGAAUAGCUUGUUAGAUAAAAAAAAAUUUAAUCGUUGCAUCAAAAUCCAAAGGAUACCAGCAAAUACAAUUUCAAGCCUAAGCUCACAACAAAAUAUGAUUUCAGGUUGAAAAGCAAGGUUCUCUAAAAAAACAGAAAAGCAAUCUUGUUUUUUGCUUUAAAAAAAAUUUUAAGUUUAAAAAAAUUACAUAGUUUUUUUUUAUUGUUAAUGAUGAAUUAUUUAAAAGAAAAUUUAAAUAAAGUGAAUAAUUAAUGCAUCAAAAUACGAGAGCAAUAAGAAAAAGGAAAAAUAUUAUUUUUUUUUUCGCAUAGAAUUUUCAAAUUAUCCAUAUAUGAAAUUGCAAAACUAUUCACCCACGCACAGUUUGAAAGAUUGAAGAAAGUUUCAAAACCUUGUUAGGUAUGUGUUUCCAAUGAAUUCGCAGAGAAGUAUCUGCAUCUUCUGUAUAGAAACUUUUAAAAGUUUCUCUUUACUAACAAGGUUUUAGUCUACAAACAAAAAAUUUAUAUCAAUCUUUUACUUACCACGUGCGGUGCAAAAUUGUUAAAUGAUUUAAAAUACAAAACAAAAAAAAAAUAUAACAAAACAAAAAUAAGCAAGAAAACAAUAAGUUUAAGUAGACAUUUAUGUAUAUUACUUUUAAUUUAAUUUUUGUUUGCAUAAUUUCACGCUUACAUUUCUGUCAGUUAGAAAACUCUAUAUAAAUAAUUAUUAAAAGAAUACAUUGACUUAAUGUCGAUUCGAGUCGAAUCUUAUCCAGCUUAAUUCUUUCCGAUUAGGAUAUUUUGUGUUAUAUAAUUAUAUAGCAGUAAGUAGUUAAUUAACAAAAAAGAAAACAUUUAAAAACAAAAAAAAAAAAAACAAAAAAAAAUCAUCCCGAAUGUUGGUAUAAAUAAAUGUGAUAUUUUCUUGCUACAAGAGAAAACUUACAUAAAUAAAAAGAAAAAAAAACUAA